CGUCAAUCGAAUCGCGAUUGGGAGAGGAUUCUACCUCGUGCACGCUCUUCCCUCCUUGUCUUUCUCGGCUACAGGCAACAGGCCGCCCUUUCUCUCCUGUCCUUUCGUUGUGAAAAGAGUGAGCGGCGAAGACUAUCAAACUCUCAUAAAACUGUCAGCCGCGGCCACCGGGCUGACUUAUGUGCGCCCCUUCCUUAGCCGCGGUUGGAGAACCACACGCUUUCAGGUUGAAUCCGCACCUCUCGCGCAACGAACGCGAUUCCAUCGCAAACUUCUUAACGAAAGAUCGGACGUACGAUCUCCGCGGUCUAGGAAAAAAGCGAUCGAAAGUGAAUCUUGGACUCAUGGUCCAGCGUUACAAUAUGCAAGUACAGCAAUCCGCACUUGUAAAACGUAAAACUUUUCUUCCGUCUUCUAAUCAGAAAGAGAUGCGAUACGUAUGAUCGAGCUAAAAUGGAUUCGCGACGGAUGAAAUCGGCGAAGAUACGGUGAUAUUAAUAGGCGAAUCGUUUUCGGUCGAUCAGUAAGGAACAAUCGCACCUCGGUGUGCCGUACCACCCCUUUUCUUUUUCAUCUGUCUUCACCGCGAGGCUAUACAGUAGGGGGCGCGUGCGCGCGUAGCCCCCCUCGCAAAGCGAACGGAAGACUGCUUCUUGGUGACGUCGCGGCUAGAAGGCUGCAGAGGAGAACGAGAGAGCGAUCGAGAUACUUCUCCCCCACCAGCGGUUUCAGGGCUCCCGAAUAUCUCUCCAUUAGCCCCCCUGACGGUGCUAUCCCCUCUCCUUGACCCCUCUCUCGCUCUCUUUCUCUCUCUUACGCACACCCCUCUCAUCGGUUCCUGUCACGUCGGGUAGCAGCCGGGCAACACUACCAUACGACGAGCGCCAGCGGCAGCGGAGACUCGACGGAGACGCAAGGAACGGGGUUGAAGAAUCGUACGCCGACGGAGAGACCAAUCAAGGUUUGACGAACGGCAGGGAUUGGUCGAGGCGCUCCUCUGACACGCAGAGAGCGCGGGCACGUGACAAGCUACCGCACACACCGGCCUUCCGUUGGAUCGCGGCGAGGCCUUCAGUACGAUACCAACCACCCUUCGCGCACGCAACAAGAACGGCCAACUCGCGCGGGUGAACACUCUUCACCCUUUGCCGUGGUCGAGCCUCUGCUGUUGCCUUUUCCCUUUGCCGCGAUAUAAAGCCGUCUGUUAAGUGCAACACCUGUGACAACGUUGAAGCGCAAUUAAUCAUCGCGUGAAUAAUUUUAAUGCGCGCACAUAUGUGUUACCUCGCAUGUUACUUCAUUGAGGAACGACUACGCAAGGUCAUCUUCAAUGGGGCGCCUCGAUAAGCUGUUCGUUACGCGCUACUGCACGGUGGGCCCACGAGUUCUCUGUAGGUAAUCGCGCGACUCCUGAGAUCGUAAAGAAGCAGAAGACAGUUUUAUAGCCCAGGCCCACGUGGCCCUCAUAAACUUGACUCGCAGGUCGGUUCGAAUUCAGGCUCGACCCGCCUGCCGCCAGACGUCUGCCUCUCUCUCUAUUAGUCCUGAACCCCUCGUUCAUUAUCGAAUCGCUUAGGGACGUGUUUCUCUCGCGUGUAACAGGUCGUGAUAGCUGUGAAUCGUUCGACGAACAAGGUGAAGCUUGUCGCGGAGCAGCUGAUCACGUGUGUAGCCCAGCGAUUUUUUUCAUUGCGAUUUUCGUCAUUGCCGCGCGACGAUGGAUUUCUAUACUUAAUGACGAGGCGCGUUGUUCAGCCGCCUAAUCCGGAUGAGCACAACAUCAGUGUUUUCGUGAAUGACGGAACGUAGACGUGCAAAAUUAUUGGUAUAGUGACGUUGACGGCAGGUGAAGGUACGUGAAGAAUGAGUUCCUAUCAGUUCGUCAACUCGCUCGCAUCAUGCUACGCGGGUCAACAGUCACAGCAGCAGCCGAGACCAACCGCGAAUUCACCUGGAGAACCGGCGAUGCAGGCAGCAUCGCCGGCCGGUGGCGAAUAUUACAAUCCGAAUGCAGCGUCUACCAGCUAUCCCGCGCCCUGCUACUCACCUCAACAGCAUUAUCCUCAGCAUCCUUAUGCCACGCCGGCGUCGGGCAUGCAGCAUCCAGCACCGACAGGGAUGAUAGACUAUACUCAACUGCAACCACAGCCUCGGCUAAAUGCGACCACAACGUCACAGCAACACGGUAUGCACGCUCAACAGUCACAACACCAUCAGCAACCGCAUCAUCCUCAGCAACUUCACGCGGAUCCAACGACGCCUCUUCUGCAGGGUGCCUCGGCACCGUCAGCACCGUCAACGUCCAGCUGCAAAUAUGCUGAUUCGACAUCGUCCACCAGUGUGGCGUCUCCUCAAGAUUUAACAACGUCCACUUCGAGAAAUAGCCCAACGCCUUUAGUAGCACCUGGUACGAGUAAAGCCGCAUCAGGAUUGACUUCACCGCCUGGUAGCUCGUCAAGGUCGUCCGUGGCUGCGUCCGCUGCCUCACCACCCAGCGGUAGCUCGAGGGGCGUCGGCGAGGGAAAUUCAACGCUGACAACAGCAUCUUCCGCUUCGUCGCCCGCUUCCUCUACAUCCAGCACCUCUAGCACGGGUAACAAUUCGUCCAACAAGGGGAACUCUUCCGGCACUAACCCGCCUCAAAUAUAUCCAUGGAUGAAAAGGGUUCACAUUGGUCAGAGCACGGUGAACGCGAACGGUGAGACGAAACGACAAAGGACCUCGUACACCAGGUAUCAGACGUUGGAGCUGGAGAAAGAGUUUCACUUCAACCGCUAUCUGACGAGGCGGCGUCGCAUUGAGAUCGCGCAUGCUCUCUGUCUUACGGAACGUCAGAUAAAGAUCUGGUUCCAGAAUCGGCGUAUGAAGUGGAAGAAGGAGCACAAGAUGGCGAGCAUGAACAUCGUGCCGUACCACAUGUCGCCGUAUGGGCACCCUUACCAGUUCGCGCCCCACCCCGGCCAGUUCGCUCACUUGGCCACAUAGGACGAGUUCUCGCCCGCCGAGCUCGGAGCACACGCUGUCCGGUUCCCCGGGAUGUACGGCGAGCAGAACUUCUAAAAGGCUUUUUUCCGCCUUAGAUCCCGCGCUACGUCACGACGCUGUCACUUGUGACUUGGCGGGGUCGAGGAGGGACUUCACUUCCAGUAGGACACGUGGUGCGUUCCGCUGAUUCCGUAAAUGCGCCGAUGGUUGGAUUGUCGACAGAGGGGAGCGAGAGAUCGUAUCCUUCUUUCGUGUGUCAACGUACUUAAAUUAUUUACGCGUUUAUUCUGCUUAGCUAUCGGAAGGAGAGCUCCAUCGAGGAGAUAUAGAAGAGAGAAAAAUUGUUCCCUUCCUGAAGCUGAGCACAAACAAUCCGUUCUCGCUCGUUUUCGGUCUGCGGACACGCAAGUACUGUCACUGUACGACUUCGAAGUUGAAGGAAAGCCAAAAUUUUCUGCAUAUAUUGCGCCGUGCGCCCGACUUAAUAGACUGGACGCGCUCCGAGGGGCUCUCACGCACGUGAUUACAAAAUAUUAAUAAUGGUACUAACGAUGCGGAUGAGAGACCACCUCAGCGGGUGAGAUAAAGCCGAAUCUCUAGUUUAAGGUGUAGAAAUCAGCGAUCUAAGUAAUUAAUUAAUCAAAUAACGAAUUAAUUAUCUUGUCUUGGCUGCACACUGUUUCACGUAAAAUUGAUCAUCGAUUGAUUAAAAACGAAAUUGGAGGAUGUGCUUGUGUAUUUAUUUAUUGUUUCUUCUUCUCUACGUCAUUCUCUUAUUUAGUCCUUUCCGAACGUACUCGUGGAAAAAGGCUCUACAAAAGACACGAAGUAAUUUCAAGAAAAACAUAUUUUUACGCCUUUUAAAGUCUCUGUAUCAUAGUUCGUGUAAGACGCCUAUUAACGCUUAAAUUAUUCUUCAUUGGUCUUGAAGGGAGAAGUGACCUUUAGAAAUCUAUAUUGAUUGCGUAUAAAUUAUGCUGGCUUUUUUAAUGAAGUAUUCUUAGAAAAUAAAAAAUGGUGGGACGCGGCAACUACAUUAAUAGAAUAAUAAUGAGAUACUCGUACAGCAUAAUUUGCAUGUGAUUAAAAUUGUAGUUAAUACCUACAAAAAAAAAUUGUAACUAAAAAUUUUUACAUCCGCAUAUUUAUAAU